AUGGGCGAUGACGACGACAAAGGAAUACCAGUCUUCACGACAGAGUUUGCCUAUACUCAGCUGCGGGUCGACAGGAGCCGCACGACGAUCAGUUCGCGCAUGCGGAACUCGGCAGACGGGCAAUGUCCUGUAGGCAAAGUAGAUGUGAAGAAGCGGGCCGGCGCGGUCUGGUCUUUCGCGCAUGAAGUGCGCGGGACCAAUAUACAAGAGGAGGCAUGA